UUCCACGACGGCUUACCCUCCCGAAUCCAAUUUCACACUCUGAGCGAACAUUCCUCUCUCUCUCUCUCUCUCUCUUCCCGGCAAAUGCGACUCCGAAGCCAACACCCCAACGACCGUCCCAACCACCGCCGACACUAACCCCACCUCCGACAAUGGGCAAAGCCUCCAGGUGGUUCCGCGGCCUCCUCGGCCUCAAGAAGUCCGACUCCCCCUCCCCGCCCCCGAAACACCCGCCUCCUCCCCAUCCCCAUCCCCACCGGGAGAAGCGACGCUGGAGCUUCGUCAAGUCCCACCGGGACAGAGACAGCCAGAGCCACCGCAGCAACUACAGGGACAGGGAGCUCGAACCCCCCGCCCAACACCACCCCGACGCUGUGGAUCCGGAGAGGCACGCGAUCGCCGUGGCCGCCGCGACUGCCGCGGUGGCCGAGGCCGCCGUCGCUGCGGCACAGGCUGCUGCCGCCGUGGUGAGGCUCACUAGCAGCGGGAGGUGCUCCGCCCCGUACGGCGGGGGCGCAGGGGACCGUGAGGUGUGGGCAGCGCUGAAGAUACAGUCUGCUUUCCGCGGAUAUCUGGCAAGGCAAGCACUGCGUGCACUGAAGGGAGUGGUGAAGAUUCAAGCACUCGUGAGGGGUCACAUAGAGCGAAAGAAAAAUGUGAAAAUGGCCCGACAGAUGCAGGCAGUGCUGCGGGUUCAGGCGCGAGCACGAGCCGAACGAGGACAAAUCUCUGAAUCUUCGCAAUCGAGCAGCAAGUCUUCUCACUUUCACAAUCCUGGACCGACGACUCCUGAAAAAUCUGAAUGCUCGGCUCGUGUCAAGAGUACAAAACACGAUCAGUCACCGAUUCUCCGGAGAAAUGGAUCAAAAUCAAGUGGAAAUAUUAGUUAUCAGGACAGACUGCAUUUAGGUCGGGAUAGGUCAGAAUGGCGUGUCAACGAAGGGUUGUGUGACCUGCAACGAGUUUCUUCGACAAGAAAUCAUCUGCCUGAAGAAGAAUAUGGUGACAAAAUUCUAGAAGUCGAUACAAUAAAGCCUCUGUAUACACCAAAAAGGAAAAAUCAUUUCACAGCCCACCAGCAAAUGGAGCCAAACCGAAGCGCAUCCUCCGGGGAAGUGCAGUCUCAAACUCCUUUAAAAUUCACGGACGAGAUUGAGGAGAGCCCGUUCUGUACUGCCAAUAAUAGCCCGCAGUUCUAUUCAGCCUCUUCUCGGGGUGGUUCUUCUCGGAGAAGUCCCUUUACUCCAUCAAAGAGCGAUGGCUCCAGGAGCUUCCUCAGCGGCUACUCAGAUCACCCCAACUACAUGGCUUACACGGAGUCGUCGAGGGCAAAAGCCAGAUCCAUGAGUGCUCCAAAGCAGAGACCUCAGUUCGAGAAGUCUAGUUCCAUGAAGAGGUAUUCUCUUUAUGGGUCUGGCGAAUCCCGAUCAGCUUCACAGAAGCUCUCUUCCUCAUUGCAAGCAAGCUUUAUGAGCAAACCAUAUCCCGGCUCUGGUCGUUUGGACAAGCUUGGGAUGCCAGUAGUUCGGGGUAGAGAUGGUUUGGGAUACAGGUACUACGGUUAGUGGAUAUUUGGAGCGUAGCCUAUGCUUUCGUCGGUUUUCUGUUUUUGGGAGUUGAUUUAGCCGGCUAACUGAUGUUUUUGCUUAGCUCAGAAAGUCUCAGGAGUGACAAUGGUAAUUAGGGUUUACAUCUGACCACUGCUCAUCAAUGUAGUGCUCAAAGUAAUAUAGCUUAGGAGCUCAAUCUUCUCAGCAAUGGGAUGGUUUUAUCCAUUUGAAUGGUACUUUUUGUGUUCGCAGCUU